AUGGAUCCAGCUGGGUUUGGCCAAGACAGGACCAGCCGAGGAUGGAUCAUGGGGCAUAUUUGCUCCCUCCUGGCCAUGGCACUGCUGACGAUGAGCCUGGUGCAGGGUGCUCCAGCAAGUCAGAAUCAGGCAGUCUCUGGCGAGCAGUUGGUCUCAGGGCGCAUCUUCAGUGGUCAAGAUGCCAAGGCUGGGGCCUGGCCCUGGCAGGUCAGCGUGCAGAGAAAUGGCUUCCACCUCUGCGGCGGUGCACUCAUCUCCGAGAGCUGGGUGGUGUCAGCCGCUCAUUGCUUCGAUCCGUCUGUAGCCAAUUCAUCGUAUCGGGUGCAGCUGGGGGAAAAUCGGAUUUUUGGUCAGAACCGCCUCCACGCGUUCUCAUUGGUGAAGCGGAUCAUCCUCCAUCCCAGUUAUGACGAAGUCACUUCUGAGGCCGACAUCACCCUGGUGGAGCUGAAGAAUCCGAUUGCAUUCACGGCCACCAUCAGCCCCGUGGGUCUCCUUGACGCUUCCGUCCGUGUGCCUGCUGGGGACACCUGCUGGGUGACUGGUUGGGGGAAGACUUCCCCACAAAUGAAUUCUUCCCUAGCGGAGACACUGCAGGAGCUGGAGGUGCUCACCGUAGACUCCACAAUCUGCAAUGAUCACUUCCGGGAAGCAUUACAAAAGCCUGAGGGCGACAACCCCAUCAAAGAUGACAUGAUAUGUGCCGGGUCAAAAGAAGGCUAUAAAGGCUUUGCUUGGGGUGAUGGCGGGGGACCCUUGGUGUGUAAGAAGGACAGGACCUGGUACCUUGCUGGGAUUGCAAGCUGGUUCCUGACUACGACAGUGAAUGGGGUAACCAGAGUUGUCCCCGGUUAUCCUGGGGUCUACAACCGCCUGAAUUCCCACAACGAUUGGAUCAAGGCGAACGUGCCUGGUGUGACUUUCAUUCCAAACAGUGCUACUCCAACUGGGGCCGAUCCCUCUGCCACCAUCCUCAGGGUCCUUCUCCUCACCGUGUUUCUGCAGCUGAUCCCGUGA